UCUCUGACAGAUGUUUGGACCAGAUGUUUGGUCCAGAUGUUUGGUCCAGAUGUUGGUAGAGCGGGGAAAUGUCUCUGACAGAUGUUUGGUGUCUCUCAGCCUACAUCCAGACGUCCCGGGCUCUGAUGGUCUUGGCCUGUCUGCUGGGUCUGCCCGCCAUGCUCCUCAUCCUCAUGUCCAUGCCCUGCGUCCGCCUCCCCAACGACUCCUCCGCCAUCAAGAAGUGCCGCGCCAAAGUGGGCGGAGUYCUGGUCUGCAUCAUGGCUGUCUUUGGCAUCAUCGCCACCAUCUGGUUCCCCAUCGGUGCUCACCAAGAGGAACAUCUGAUGUCCUUUGGCUUCUCUCUGUAUGCCGGCUGGAUCGGAGCCGGACUCUGUGCCCUGGGGGGGUUCGUGAUCCUGUGCUGUCAGGUUGGCAGCGUCGGCAUCCCGUCCAGAGAGAACAGCUUCUUCUACUCCAGACGGGGGAACACGACCACGGCUCUGGACCGGCCCUCCAACCACGCCAAGAGCGAAAGAGUCUGAGUUUCCCAGUUUCCUUAAACCCCGUUUUUUUUACUACUAGAUAACCUAAACAUUAGAAAGAAUUUACCUUUCUUUCUCUUUUGUAAACUUCAAAUUAACYGCUGCUUUGAUUAGUCGUACUAUUUCCUAACAGACGAUUUAGUGACAUCUAGUGGUGAAUCUGCAGAUUGCAACAAACUAAAAGAAAAAAAUGAAUCUCUUGAGUUUGAUUUAUUAGUAUUUUUAGAUAAAUGACUCACAAAUAAAUAUGYUACAAACCUUA